UUUUUAUUCGUGAACGCGAGAGGAAAAAAGAUGGCGGCGCUGGCCAGGCUGAGCAAGACGGCUUUUAGGCUUAAUAAUGACGUUUUAAAGGCCGUUAAUGGUGCUUUGGUGCCCAGUAAUGGUGUCUUCGUGCCCAGGGUAGUGGGUAUAUCCACGUCCAAGAAGAACAAGGACACCGUGAUGGUCACGGACGCUGUUGUGGAACAUGUCAAAGACUGAACAAACAGCUGUGACUAAGAACUGGAUCAGUUGGGGCUUCAGUUAUGACUCGGAAGUGGAGGACAACACAAUAAUGCAUCUCACGUUCUUCUUCGGUGUAACUCUGUGUAUAGUGACUAUAGGAUUCGUCUGGGCUUACCUGCCAGAUUUCAGAAUGGUCGAUUGGGCACAGCGUGAAGGGUACUUGGAGUUGUGCCGGAGGGAAGCAGAAGUCCUAUCACUAAUCGACCCCAACCUUAUUAGUAUUGAGAAGAUAGAGCUACCAUUGGAUGAAGAACUUGCAGAUACAGAGAUCAUUAUCUGAGAGAAUUUCAGGCCUAUACUGACUUUGUUUCACAUUUUUUGUUCUCUCUCAUGGCUCUGCAGGCAUCCUUCAGUAGUACUUCCAUCACCAGAACCUGCUGGAUGACUACCCAACAUCCUAAAAGUGGGCACCACAGUCACUCAUCACGCCCCACGUUAGUCAAGUUUUCCUCAGGUAAAGCAUCUACCAUGACACCAGUACCCCCAGAAGGAACUCUAGAACAGAACCUGUGUAGUGUACCCUUAUCAUUCAACAAAGAGAAAAAUUUAACGAAAGAACAAAUAUCACUGUCACUUACGCCAAAAAGAAGAGGGAAUUAUGGACGGGAUUCACACUUGAUUUGAGAAAAGGUUGCCAAUUCCUUAGUAACUACUUCCGUUAUACUCUCCACCCUUGCUAGUCUCUGAUUAAGCAUAUUAAACCUUAGUACACCUUACCCUUCAGUGCUGUAUGACACUUGUGGGUUUAGCACUUAUGUAGUUGUGAUUAUAAGAAUAAUAAUAAUAAUCUAAUUCCUCAGAUCAAGAGCCCUUCAAUAUCAAUGUGCCAUCCCCCUCCUUGAAAGACUUAGAAUCUUAGCUUCCCGUUUUUUUGUGGAAUAUCAGUUUUGAUUUACCUGCCUUUGUAUCUGUUUUUAGUGUGUUGCCAUUCGACCCAGUGCAAUAGAAAAUGAGCAUUCACAGUAGAAAACAAAAGAUGGGCUCAAUGAGAUAAUUGCAACUGAAAAGUCCAAAUUACUAGUACUAUU